UAAUGUUGCUAAUCGUUAUGGUGGUUAGUUUCUCAUAAAUCAUCGAACGCGCCUGACACAGGCAUAACUGGUACGGAUUAUUUUUGUGACUAGUAGCUAGACACCAUCGGACCUCCCCAUAUCUAGCUAGUUUACGGAAAUUUUGUAUUCCAACGACUUUUCGCCUAAACUGGAGGUCAUCGUAUUUCCUCUAUUUUGUCUGGGAAAACUACCUACAGUAGCGGACGAGACUCCAUCUUGCAUGUGAUUUGGAGGGCGGCUAGCUAGCUGAACUAGUUUGUGUCAGACGUACUAUGGCGAAAGAUCUAAAAACGAUGUUCAUACGGUGUUGUGGGUAUUUGCAAGAUCCGCACCAUGUAGCAUCAUUUCAAAAGCUCUGUGGUGUCCAAGGCUCAUUCCCAGUCAAACUGAGCAGGAAAGAAUGGGAAAAUGAUUUUUUUGUUAACGGUGCCUGCGUGAAACGCCACCAGGACCAAAGUGGAAACGGCGAGGGACAUGUUGGCAGACAGCAAAUCGAAGGUCCUCUGCAAAGAAACGUAACUGCCGGAGAACAACAUAACGACUGUUCAAACAAGCUGCAACAUGAAACAGCUCUGUUGUCUGGGAUAGGGGAGACAACCGAACAAGAGACGGUCUCCCUUGAGGGAAACAGACAAAGUAGCGGCUGUAGAUUGACUGGGAAGCCGUCCAAAGCGGUUGAGAGUGACCGCGAGAAUGGGGACUCUAGUGAAAGGGUCAAACCUCUUCGCAGGAACUCACUGACUGGGGAUGUAGGCCAGGAGUUUAUUAUUCAGAAUAAGUUCCUAUUCUACCUUUUCACAUUCGGGUCCGAGCUUGGUAACGAGAUGUUCUUCAUUGUUUUCUUCCCCUUCCUAAUUUGGAAUGUAGAUGCUUUUGUCAGCCGGCGAAUCCUUGUGGUCUGGAUUUGGAAUCUUUUCCUCGGCCAAUCUACCAAAGACAUUGUCCGCUGGACGCGACCAGCAUCUCCGCCUGUGGUUAAAGUGGAGGUGUUUUACAACUCCGAGUACAGUAUGCCAUCAACGCAUGCCAUGUCCGGGACUGCCAUCCCUUUCUCUCUCUUCCUACUCACAUAUGGACGCUGGCAGUACCCUUUCCUGUUUGGCUUGAGUCUGGCCAUCUGCUGGAGUUUCCUCGUCUGUGUAAGCAGAGUCUACAUGGGCAUGCACUCUGUCUUGGAGGUCAUCACUGGCUUUCUAUACAGCCUGCUGAUCCUGGCCGUCUUCCAGUCAACGUUGGACCAGAUUGACAGUUUCUACCUGACGAGCCACCAUGCACCACUAGUCAUUGUCAUCCUGCACGUAGGCUUAGGCCUCCUGGCCUUCACCCUGGACUCAUGGAGCACCUCACGGGGUGACACAGCGCAGGCUCUGGGCACUGGGGCCGGGGCUGCCCUGGCCUCCCACCUCAACCACCAGCUGGGCCUGCUGGCCGACCCACCACUUUCUUCCCUGCCCCUGGCACUGCCCCCCCUGAGUGCCGCCCUAUUGGCACGCUCCCUGCUCCGCCUACUGCUUGGGGUGGUCGUCCUGCUUGCCACCCGGGCUGCAAUGAAAGCAGCCACCAUUCCGCUGGCCUGCCGGGUGUUUGGGCUGCCUGCUGGCGAUGUACGGCAGGCACGGCAGCACAUGGAAGUUGAGCUAUCUUACCGCUACAUUGUCUAUGGCACUGUGAGCUUCAGCUGCGUCUGUCUGGUUCCCCUCCUCUUCAGCUACCUGAACCUCUCCUGAACACACUCGAUAAUCUGCUAAUCAGCCUCCUCCCCUUGUGCUUAAACAGUACAUAUGUACAGUAGAGACAUGGCCACAUGCCUAUUAUGGUGAUAAGAAGACCGGGAGACUAAAAAACAAAUGUGAACUCUAAACAUGUCCACCAACUUUUUUGGGAGGGGUUGUCUUUUUCAUCUCUGUCACCAGUUGUCAUGUUGUCCGUCUGUGCCGUUAAAAGUAAGCCCAGCUAGCACAUAAUGUUCUGAGAACCAUAUGUUUCUUAGAGCUUGGUGAGAGUGUGGUUGUCUCAUGGUUAUUUUGCAUACAACCUUCCCAUAAGUUUCUGGGAAUGGCGCAUGAUAGUUGCUUUGCUUUGAAACAUUCUCAGCACAUUUAAGGAACCUGAUGUACUGAGAUAUUUCAUUACUAUAACAAAGUUUCCCAAAAGUUCAAACAUGGUUACAUUUUAAUUUCAGUAAAGUUUUAGGAACAUUCUCCAACUGGUUUGACAUUGGGUAUGUUCUCAAAUAGUUCAGAGAACGUUAAGAACGCUCUUCUGUAUGAAUUUCAGUACUUCAGCAUUAUGUUUCCUCAUGGUUCUAUUUAAAGCAAUGUUCUCAAACUGUUCUAGAAUGUUAUUUAAAAAAUACAUUCUGUUCUCAGCGUCAACAGCAUCUUUGUUAAGUGUGUUCAGGUGUGUUGGCCGCGCCCUCUAAUUGGCCACACCUGAUCUUAAUGAGUGCUUGUUUCUUUUGAAAUGGGGUCUGUUUGAAUAGACUAGAAUGAACAGCGUUGUAUGAGUCAACAACAAAAAAGCUCCAUCCUGGUGGCGCAGUGGACUAAUUCCAUGGAUAGAAAACAGAAGAUCAUAGGUUUGAAUCUCAUUGACGCCAUGUCACAAAAAAUAAAUGUGAUUAUUUACUUUCACUGUUCCUUUCUAUCUUUUGGUGAUUUUUUUUUCUAUGUUAGGUCUUUAGCUAAAGCUCUUUGGUCUUAUUUAUAAUGUAGACUACUGUAACAGUUUUGUGAUAUCUCUGACAGGCUGACAUGCUUGCAACCAAGAUCAGUGUUUGUUCCUACCUUGUGACACUGAGAAUGACACAAAAAAAUCAGUUGAGAGCAAAAUAAUCUGAGCGUCCAGACUCAAGUCACAUGCAGAGCAUUGGAAAUGUAUAGGAUUUUAGUACCACUGCAGAGCAUUGGAAAUGUAUAGGAUUUUAGUACCACAUACAAAUGUGGUACUGAAUUGGAACACAAAAGAUCAGGUGCCUCGUUUAUAAAACAUUCUUAUGCACAUUUGAUUGUACAUUUAGCUUACAAUGAAAUCCACAACGGAUUAUUAUUUAAAAACCUUGAAAUGUGCAUACCUCUAAGUAAGCAACAGACCAUGCUUACAACUGUAUUGUAAGACAUAAUUUUUCUCCUUUGGACAAAUGGAGGUGCAUGCCAUAGGUUAUGUCAACACACAUGAUCCAAUACAUUUCAUUCAUAAUCCAUUAACUGUAAGGACAUUGAUCUAAGGAAUUGUGGUCUACGAAUAAAUAUUAUUAUUAUGCUUAUAUUAAGAAGACAAACAGGAAAAUGAAAUAAAUUGUUGUCCACUUCAUGAAACAAUUUGGUGAGUUGGUGAAAGCACAGUAUGGGAAAAUGUUAUUUUUUAAAAUGUUUAUCGUAAUAGUAUUGCAGGAUAAUUCUCGUCUGUUCUUACGUGACAAGCUUAAAUCUGUAGGGUCAAAUGCAACCAAUAUUGGCCACCAUAUUACCACAAGGUGAUCUCUCGUUAAACCAUCAAUUCACACUAAGAUCACCCACACAGGGAUCUCAAUUGUUUCAACAUUCCCUGCUCCCUUAAAGUUGAGCUACACGCUAGGUCGGUGUGAUCUUAGUCUGCUUUUGCCCAAAAUGGUUGAGUUUUUUUCUCGACAGGGUAUUUGUGGUAUACACCUGGUCAUUGAGCAGACCAAGCGCAGAUUUACCUAUUUGACAAUCAUUCCGUACAACUAAUAUAAACGAUUUCCUCGUUUUCCAUGCAAAAUGUGUGUGGCAAUUUAACCUAAACAUUUUAUGAAUGGAAAACUCAUGUGUACGUACUUUCCCAUUUCCAAUUCAUGUAAUCCAUUAACAACUUGUCUUAAUACCGUAUGGGCAUUUCUUAUCAACAGGAUCAAUUAAAAUAUCCCAGAACUGUCCACCUCUAAAAUGUGUAAUUAAAUCAAGACAAUCACAAUUGAGUUAAUAUAAUCUGUUUUAAUUAAAUUGUUGUCAAAUGAGGUUGUCAAAUGACUUAUUAAAUUCUAAUUAUGUUGACAUUUAAGGUGAAAUGUUUAAAUGAAAUAUUCUUACAAUGAAUUACCAGCUUUGCAAUUUUCAA